AAACUGAAUAAGCAGAAAAAACCCAAUUCAAAUAGGGUGAAACAAUAUCAUAAGGUAAAACUUGCUGCUUAUGCUUCUAUGGCCUCUGCGGUCGGGUCAAAACGAGCUUGGAGUCGGGCCUUGCUUUUGAAGAUCCGAAACCGAGGUCUGACCCGAGCCCUGGUGAAGAAAAGAGUAGACGAAGAAAACCCUGGAGAAGAGACUGGAUUUGGAUAUACAAAUGAGCUGAGAAAGCUUGUACCAGGUGGUGAAGUAAUGGAUUUCUACAACUUGUUAGAUGAAACUGCUGAUUAUAUCAAGUGCCUUUCAUCACAGGUACAGGUUAUGAGAAAUAUUCUUGAUCUAUUUUCGUCCUGA